CCCAAUUAAAAUGACAAAAUUGCAAGUUCUGAAAUUUGGAGACGCCGGCUUCAAGUUCUCCUAAACCCUAUAACCUCUGCCUGUCCUGCUGGGGCGCGAACAGUGGAUGAAACGUCGAAGGGAAGAUGGGAACCGGACGGAGAUUCAGCAGCGGCGGGGGAAGCGGCGGGAGAAACCAGAGAAUACUCAGACAACAGGUUGAAUCGUGCAGGAGCAAGUACUCCACCGCCGACGAUAUCGUCCACCAUCUCCGGCAGCAAUACCCUAACUACCGUCGCAUGGAACAGCGAUUUCUAACUCGAGCCGUCCACCAAAUCAUCGACUCUCCUUCGUCGCCAUCCACUGGCCGGCCUAAAAAAUUCGGGAAACAGCCCGCAGAAGAUGAGGAAGGCGAUUAUGACGAAGGGAGUGCUUCUGCCAGUGGCAGAAAGAAGAAGAAGAAGAAGAAGAAGAAGAAGAUGCAGUUUGACGUGAGCGAUGAAUCGCAGUCGGAGUCCCAAUCGACGCCAUCGUCUAUGUCGGAGGACGAGGUUUAUGAGGAGCCGGUGGAGCCCGAGUUCGAUCUGAUGAGAUCGAUGCUGCGAAACAGUUACGCUCCGGAGAAGAACAUUGAGGUUGAGGUAGCUGCUAGUUCUAAAGACAAGAUUGCUGUGGCAAAUGGAGGUAAAGGGAAAGGAGAAAGAGGGGGGAAACUUGGGGCUAAAGCUUUAAGCAGUGAUAAUAUGGAGGUGAAGGGAAAGGAAGGGCCGAGGUUUAAAGAUUUUGGUGGGUUGAAGAAAGUGUUGGAAGAUUUGGAAACUGAGGUUCUGAUGCCACUCUUCCAUCCCCAUUUGAUGCGACGCCUUGGUGUGAAGCCGAUAAGUGGGAUUUUGCUCCAUGGUCCACCAGGUUGUGGAAAGACUAAGUUAGCUCACGCCAUUGCCAAUGAGACUGGAGUCCCAUUCUUCAAGAUUUCAGCUACCGAGGCAGUCUCUGGUGUGUCAGGUGCAUCGGAGGAAUAUAUCCGAGAUCUUUUCUCUAAAGCAUAUAGGUCUGCACCAUCGAUCAUUUUCAUUGAUGAGAUUGAUGCAAUUGGUUCGAAAAGGGAAAAUCUACAGAGAGAGAUGGAGCGGAGAAUCGUGACUCAGUUGAUGACUUGCAUGGACGAAUACCAUAAACUCGUGCAACCAGCUGAUGAGACUUCGAAGGCAGAAAGCUCUGAGCAGAGAGCUGGAUAUGUUCUGGUAAUUGGAGCUACCAAUAGGCCUGAUGCCAUUGAUUCUGCACUAAGAAGGCCUGGAAGGUUUGAUCGGGAGAUUAUGUUAGGGGUCCCAGAUGAGGAUGCUAGGGCUCACAUUCUUUCUGUGCUUACCAAAAAGUGCACUCUUGAGGGCUCAUUGGAUCUUUUGCAAAUUGCUAAGCUUACUCCUGGCUUUGUGGGAGCUGAUUUAGAUGCUCUAGUUGGCAAAGCAGGCAACCUUGCCUUGAGAAGAAUCGCCGCACUGAGGAAAUCGAUGUUAUUAUCUGAAGAACCUAGGGAUGGGAAAAUUGAGGAAUGGUGGAGAACACCUUGGUCAGAGGAGGAUAUGGAAAAGUUUGCCAUCACAAUGAGUGAUUUCGAGCUUGCAUCAAAGAUGGUUCAGCCGUCAUUGACAAGAGAGGGGUUCUCUUCUGUUCCAAAUGUAACAUGGGAUGAAGUUGGAGGACUUGAUAACGUGAGGAAUGAGUUGAAGAAUUAUGUAGUCCAAUGCAUUAAAAAUCCAAAGCUUUAUGAGCAUUUUGGAGUGACAUCAAAGACAGGAAUUUUGCUUUUCGGUCCUCCAGGUUGUGGCAAGACAUUAAUGGCCAAAGCUGCUGCUAAUGAAGCAGAGGCUAACUUUAUUCACGUCAAGGGUCCUGAGCUUCUUAAUAAAUAUGUUGGAGAAAGUGAGCUGGAAGUUCGAAAGCUAUUUACCCGUGCAAGGCAUUGCUCACCAUGUAUUAUCUUCUUUGAUGAGGUGGAUGCCUUGACAACAACCCGUGGAAGGGAAGGUGGGUGGGUUGUGGAGCGGCCUCUAAACCAGUUGCUUAUAGAGUUAGAUGGUGCAGACCAGCGGCAAGGUGUUUUUGUGAUUGGUGCAACUAAUAGGCCUGAGGUUAUAGACCCUGCUAUCUUGAGGCCCGGCAGAUUGGGUAACCAUGUCCUGGUUCCUCUGCCAAGUGCAGAGGAUCGCGGGCUGAUUUUGAAGGCUCUUGCUAGGGGGAAACCUAUUGAUCCAAAAGUAGACUUCACAGAAAUUGGGAAGAGGAAAGCUUGUGAACAUUUAAGCGGAGCAGAUCUCAAUAAGCUGAUGGAGGAUGCUGCAAUGAUUGCUCUUCAGGAGGUGAGGAGAAGCGGGGAUCCAGAUGAGGAGAAGAUGCUCCUCCGCACAAUCCAACCCUGUCAUUUCGAUCGGGCACUGGAAAAGAUCUCUCCAUCUGUGACGGGCAGGCAAGUGCAGUUUUACGAGGCAUGGUCGAAACAAUCCAGCGGAACAUCAUAGCAUUGCGAGGUGCUCUACUUAUUUUGGCCAUUUGGUAUAGUCGAUUAUAGAGCGACUGUGUUGAGCAGAUGCAUUGCAAUUUUGGUUGAUUUAUUGGGCCAUGUUUCUGCCAUCUGGUUGGGCCUGUGUAUCUCGAACAGGACAUAUAUCAGUAGGCUGGGUCCACGGAUGUCUGGGUGUGUGUGGGAGGAGAGGAAGGAGCUUUUGUACUGAAACGAGGAGAAUACGAGUGAAUGUUUCAGCGCAGAAUUCAGUAGGCUUUCGUGGUGACCUGUGUUAUUGAUAAACUGGGAUUCGGAUGCUCGUAAUAGCGUCGUACACGAACCAAUACGGAAGACUAGCAUUACUGUCAUUCAUUAUGCGGCACAACAACCUGAAGCUACGUCGCAUAUCUGAUCUGCGCGUCGUGGAAUUACUGUCACGAAUUCACGAGGAAAAAUCGAACUUCCUAUUUGGAGACUAACAACAUUUGGAGGAUCGCUACAAAGUACACAUUGGGCAGGAGCAUGAAGUAAAAGGGAGACAGAUGAGAAAGAAAAGGAAGCAAACUAAAAGGAAGAGAAAGAGAGCACUCUUUGUUAGUCUGUGUGUAGGCCAAGAGAAAAAGGAAGACCGAAAAAGAGAGAAAGGGCAUGGAAGUGGUGAAUCUACUUCUACUCAACUGGACUGUGAGAUUGUGGACCUAUGAGGAAAGGUGGUGGCUUUUCCAAAAAAAAAAAAAAAAAAGAGGAAAGGGCCCCGCCAUUAUUUGGGAAUUGUUGGAAGCUCGAAGCUCCCUCCGCCGUCCAAUGCCAUUUAUGCGGCGAACCACCAACCCCAUCGUCUUAUGCUUUUUCCCCUCUGCUACCCUACACGUGAACAUGUGAAUCCCAUUCCCCAAAACCUUGGUUCGUGACAAUGUUGAAAAAUUGUGAGCAUUUAAACAUAAGACGAGUAUUUGCGACGCCAUAGUACACAAUUCAAUGCUACAAAUCUACAAAAUUUUCGUUGUCUUAUCAUUCUUGAUAUGAAUCCUAUUAUCCUAAUAUGCUUAGUUGGUGGUAGGAUUAGUAUCAAGGGUGGUAACGGGUAAGAC